GAUUGUCAACAUGGCGUCGAAGCGAAAACUACGCUGACUCGCUGGCGAUCGGAACAAGAGCACACAUGGUACAUUUAAACAACUAACCAAACGAUGGUAGUGUGCAACUAUUUUCUUCAAGGCCGUUGUCGUUAUGGCGAGAAAUGCAGGAAUGAACAUCCCAGAGGAGGAGGCGGAUAUAAUAGUUACAGUCGUUCACCUCCUCAGCAGGCGUCCAGAGGAGGUGGUGGAUUUGGAAACAGAGUUUGGGUGAACCCGUCACAAAAAUCCGGAGGAAACUUCAUCAAACCUUCAUCCUUCUCUUCUGGUGACGAUGACUGGGGUCGUGGAGGUGGGACAGCUGACUGGGGUCGUGGAGGCGGAGGUGGGACAGCUGACUGGGGUAGAGGAGGAGGAGGGAGAAGAGAAAAUACCAGGAGCUCCGAUUUUAGUUUCUCCUCCCAGAACAGGUUUUCAUCACUGAGCAACGCCGGCACAUUUGAUAAAGGAGGACGAGGAGGACAUGAAGUGGACGAAAAUGAAAAACACCUCGAGACCAUUCAGAUGGACAUGGAGAUUUGGGAGAGUUCAGGACUUUGGUGCUUCUCAUGCUAUUCUGUCCACAAAUCAGUUCUAUCUGGUUUCAUAGAGCUCUCUCCAGAGGAGCUUAGAUUGGAGUAUUGCAAUGCCAGAGCAUCCGGAGACCUGCAGAACUAUGCUAAUGGUAUAAAUCAACUACUAAACCAGUGGAGAAGCAGGGUCCAGGAACUGAAGGCUAUGAAUGCUACCACCCGUGUUGCUUUGCUUGCAGAGUUAAACAAUCCAGCCCCUCAGGCUUCUUUCAGCAGCUUUGGGUCAUCCACUGUGACUGGAUUUGGGUCCUCUACAUCCAGCUUUGGGUUUGCAGGGUUGGGGACCUCUGCUCCAGCCCAGGCCAGCAGUUUCAGUUUUACCACUCCAAGCAGUGGGUUUGGCUCCACAGCUACACCAGCAGCCUCCACGGGAUUUGGUGGUGCUUUGGCAGCACCCACACAGCCUCCUUCCGGGUUUGGCUCCUCUUCCUCCUCUGUUCCCUCUACUUCCCAAUUUUCCUUUGCACCACCAGCUGACAGCAAGACCCCAGCUUUUGGCUCUGCUUCUGGGUUCACUUUCUCCUCAACAGCUAAUGCGGGCUUUGCGUUUGGGAACAGCCAAGGGUCUGGAGCAGCCAUAACAGGAGGAAGUGGGAGCGCAGUUGGACAGACGGGUGGAGGGUUUGAGGUGACGGGGGCUGGAACUGGGAUUGCUGUGGAGGCAGGCUCUGCUGGGGGAGCAAAGGACAGUCUUUUCACCCCCAAGAGCAAUUUGACUCCAGAGGAAUUGAAUCAGUUUGCAAGUAAAAGGUUCACGUUGGGACAGAUUCCCCUUAAACCGCCCCCUGCUGAUAUGCUGGUGGUCUAACAUCAGACUCAAAUGAUAUGUCUAAGGGAAAAAAAAUCACAGGAUUAUUAAGAUAAAUGGAUAAUUCUUCUAGAAUGUGGAUUUUGUCUGCAUUCUUUAUAUGCCAAGACUAAAAAUGAAUUUUUCAUAUUUUUCAAUGAUCAGUGUUGAAAUAUUGUGAGGAUACCCAGAUGAAUUGGGUCAAAGGAUCCUGCUUGACCAAUUAUUUCUGCAGAUUCCUUUCAAAAUGUAUAUAUUGAUGCAAGUUGGACAUUACAAAUUAUACAGCUAUAAUUAUUCUUUUUUAACAUCUUCAUUUUAUAAAGGUGACUUUUAUUUGGUGUAUUCACAUGCCUCUUACAAAAACUCUUCGAUCAAUUCACAGCUACCCAAACAGAGGAUGUAGAGUUUGAAAAUGGAAUAAAUUAAAAUGGCUUUAUUUUGCACUGCUGCAAAUGCUUUUUUUCUUGUUAGAUUCAUCAUUCCUUGAUUUUUUUUUUCUUCCCUACAUCACUGCUGGAUGACAAGACUUUCUGCUUUUACAAGUGUGUAGGUUUACAGAUAGUUGGAAUGUACUGCGUCAACUGCAAAAAGUAGUUCCAAAUCAAAUUGGAUUUCGCUCCUGAUGGAAACCUUUUCAGAGCAAACAUAUGAUAAAGAUGGUGUGACUGUACUGUGAGCAUCCUGUUUUCGAAAAGGCAAUCCCCCCCCCCCCUUUAGGCUUGAACAUUUGCCCCAUUAGACCAUGUUGAAACCCAGUGGGAAGGUUCACCAAAGUGGCAAGUUUCUCAGAACUGGAGUUUUUAUCUGUCUGAUUGUAAAUUAUGCCUGAUGACAUUUUUAGGAUGUCUAGGUCCAAAAAUGCAAACCAGUCCUUUUAUGUUUUCUGAUCAGAUGGUGGCAGCUCAACAUUGGAGCCUCAAAUACAAUAAAUAAAUAGUUGAUUUCAAAUACUGACUGGCAAAUGAGUGGAUAUCAUUCAGACAUUUUCUAUUAGAGAACAGGCAUGAGAUACUUUGGCUGUCCAACUUAUUUGUCUUAUGUCUAUAUGUCACCAGAAAUUGUAGAUUGACACAAUAUUAGAAUUGACCUUUCGCAAAGUACCGCCCCAGAACGGUGCUUGUCCAAUCCUACCUUAGCAACGGUCCGUCAAGCUUUCAAACACACAACAAAAUGCUGAAACGGUGUGCCUAUGGGAUCUGCAAAUCGGAUACUAGAUAUCUGAAAAGUUUGGAGGGGGUGUAAUUUUCUUUCCCUUCCCGAAACCCAGAAUGCAAGAAGCGCAAUGUCGGCAAUAGAUUUCGCAGUAUAGCAGACCCCAUGCCAGCUUAAUCCAUCCAAAAUCAACAAAAAUACCUGUCUGCUCCAAGCUGAGCUUGCUACUAGCUAUUAUUGAUAACUAAUACAGCUAACGUAUUAUUACUGUUACUUUUACCCACACAAUGUGCUGAUUUCUUCCUUCAUGUUUUGGUGUUUUCCGGCUACUUCCUGGAUAGUUUUGAAAUGCUUGACGGGCAUAGCAACAGUAACUAAGGGGGGCGGGACUUUGCGAAAGGUCAAUUGCAAUUCUAAUGACUGGCUUUAGAAAAAUCCUCUCCCAAGGAUCGUCCUGUAAUUUUAAAAUGUUGCAUUCUCUUGCCAUUAUAUACUCAGCUGUAUUACUGCAUUUGCCUGUUUUGGUUUUUUUUUUUUACAAGUUUUUUAAAAAUCUCAGAUGUGAAGAAAAAAAAUCUUCCAAUGACAUUGCAAUGGUACUGUAUAUAUUAAUAACAUUAGGAGGAUAUUCAUGACCAAGUG